CCCCAUUCUUCCCACUACUUCUACUACUCCUAUCUCGGUUCUAUUUUACUGAUUUGAUCACCGACCACUGUCUACCCUGUCUAUAGAACCUACACACGUUCCUCGUUGACACUCCUUCGUCACCAUGCCUUUCACUGCUUCUGAUAUCUGCAAGAUCCUCUUCGCGAUCAUCCUCCCUCCCUUGGGUGUUUUCCUUGAGCGGGGAUGCGGUGCUGAUCUCCUCAUCAACAUCUGUUUGACCAUUCUGGGUUGGAUUCCUGGUAUCAUUCACGCUCUGUACAUUAUAUUCAAGUACUAGACAGCUCUCCACAUCUCUGUCGCCAUGCCCGUUUUGGUUCACAGCGCCCGGUCGAAAAGAAAUACAUCGUUUUGCGGUUAAUAGCAUGAGAUACCAGCUUUUGUGAUCGAACUCGCGACCAUGAUGUUGUCAGCACUGUUCCGCGGCGCUCCGGCCCAAGCCACCCUAAAGUAACCCCACUACUUGGCAACCCCCGUGUAUCCAUUCUUCGACUGCGACGGCGCUAAGCGGUCUGCAACGCUGCUUGCUCGCUGCGAUGGCGUUUUGGAUUGUUCCUAAUUCCCUUUAUUCUCAUGUUAACCAUGCUCUGUUUUGUUUUUGUUUUUGUUUUUUUUCGCUUCGGAUGAUACCAGCUCAUUUGCGAUACUGGGCUCUACUUUGCUGUAUUUGCAACAAGGUACUUGUCAGCGACCUUGAUCUAAACCGCCUACGAGCUAAGACUCCCGUGCCUGGUGGUCUAGAAGUGGAUACCAACGCUAUACUAUAUAUCUUGUUAUUAACUUGUUUAAGUACCGAAUACCCACUACUAAGACAAAACGCAGAUCACACUCCAGGAAUCUACUACGUACGG